AUGGAUAAGACUUGGAUGCGUUGUACUGACACAUCGAGUGAUGUUUAUUUAAAAGGAGUUGAUAAUUUUCUUCAAUUUGCCUUUCAAAACUCCGAAGUAGAAGGUGAAAUUUCUUGUCCUUGUACAAAAUGCAAUAAUGUUUCCAACGGGUCUAGAGAUGAAGUGAAGGAACAUUUAAUACUUUUUGGGAUAGUCAAAGGAUACACACGUUGGCUUCAACAUGGAGAAUUUGCACCAAAAAAGAAAAUCAUUAAUCAGGAUGCAGAAGGAAAAGCGCAAGGCGAACCAUCUCAAAAGAAACAAAAAGAGCGAGAUGAUGAUAUGUUUGAAAUGAUUUAUGAUGCUGCUGGUCCCGAAAUAAUGGAUGAUUCUAGUGGAGUAAAGCUUCAACAAGGUGAUGCUUCAGAACCUACUUCCAAAUUUUUCAAAUUAUUGGAAGAUGCUUCACAACAACUUUAUCCAGGUUGUGAUACAUUCUCUAAGUUAUCACUGAUUGUGGAAUUGUUCCAAAUCAAAUGCCUUCAUGGUUUGAGUGAUAAAGCAACCGAUAGCAUAUUGAAAUUGAUCAAACGAGCACUUCCUUCUGGUGAAACUUUACCAGAGUCAUUCUAUGGAGCAAAAAAAAUGAUUCAAAAUUUAGGUCUUCGAUAUGAAAAGAUACAUGCUUGCGAGAAUGAUUGUAUGUUAUUUUGGAAAAAAAAUGCAAAAGCUGAAUCUUGCUUGGUUUGUGGGGAGUCUAGGUGGAAGUCAGUGGAAGGCCAAACAACUGAUGGAGCUAUUCAAGGAAAGAAUGAGAACAAAGUUCCUCGAAAAGUGUUACGUUACUUUCCCUUGAAACCAAGAUUGCAGAGGUUGUUUGUGUCAUCAGAAAUUGCUUCAGACAUGACAUGGCAUCAUGAUCAGCGCUUAAAAGACGGGGUUCUAAGACAUCCAGCAGACUCUGAAGCAUGGAAACAUUUUGAUACAACUAAUCCUGGUUUUUCUAGAGAUCCACGUAAUGUUAGACUUGGAUUAGCAUCUGACGGGGUAAAUCCUUUUGGUAACUUAAGUGUUUCUCAUAGCACUUGGCCAGUGAUUAUUACUGUAUAUAACUUACCCCCUUGGAUGUGCAUGAAGCAACCCUAUUGCUACUUGUCUUUGUUGAUACCUGGUCCUAAAGCCCCUGGAAAUGAUAUCGAUGUGUACUUAGAACUAUUGAUAGAUGAGUUGCGAGAAUUAUGGUAUUAUGGAGUCGAUACAUUUGAUGCUUCAAGAAAACAGAACUUUUGUAUGCGAGCAACACUCUUAUGGACUAUCAAUGAUUUUCCAGCUUAUGCAAACUUGUCUGGAUGA